CCCAAAUUUUACAACAUUACUAUAAAUACCAUUUCUAUGCUUCAUCAAACCUCACACCUCCUCUCAUUCUUUCUCAUUUGAAUUUGGAACAAAAAGCAUUGCCAUUGUUGAAAUCUUUUGAAGAGUUGUUUGAGUUUUCAACAAAAAGAUGACUGUAGGAGCAGGAAUAUCUGUUGCUGAUGGCAACUUGAUGGUGUUGGGAAAGAAAGUUCUGACUCAUGUUCAUGAUAAUGUUCUUGUUACUCCUGCAUCUGGUGGUUCCUUGCUCAAUGGUGCAUUCCUUGGUGUUUCAUCUGAUCAAAAGGGUAGCCACAGAGUUUUUCCCAUUGGCAAGCUUCAGGGUUUAAGGUUUAUGAGUCUUUUUCGGUUCAAAAUGUGGUGGAUGACACAGAGAAUGGGCAACUGUGGAGAAGAAAUCCCUGUUGAGACACAGUUUUUGCUUAUUGAAGCUCACAAAGGUUGUGAUUUUGAUGGAGGGAUCGACAAUGGAGAAGAAGAACAUGAUGGUUCUACCUACGCGGUUUUGUUGCCUCUUUUGGAAGGAGAUUUUAGGGCGGUUCUUCAAGGGAAUGAUCGAAAUGAAAUUGAGAUUUGCGUCGAAAGUGGAUGUCCUGAUGUUGAGGAAUUUGAUGGAACUCAUUUGGUGUUUAUUGGGGCCGGAUCGGAUCCUUAUGAAGUUAUAACAAAUGCUGUCAAGACUGUUGAGAAACACUUGAAGACAUUUUGUCACCGCGAGAGAAAGAAGAUGCCGGAUAUGUUGAAUUGGUUCGGUUGGUGUACAUGGGAUGCUUUCUAUACCAAUGUGACUUCAGAAAAUGUGAAAGAAGGAUUACACAGUUUUGAGGAAGGUGGAAUUCCUGCUAAGUUUGUGAUAAUUGAUGAUGGAUGGCAAUCUGUUAGCAUGGAUCCCAAUGGUAUUGAAUGGAAAGCUGAUUCUGCGGCAAACUUUGCGAAUCGGUUAACUCAUAUCAAAGAGAAUCACAAAUUCCAGAAAGACGGUAAGGAAGGUCAACGGAUCGAGGAUCCUGCAAUGGGACUUCAUCAUAUUACCAAUGAGAUAAAAAAGGAUCAUGCCGUAAAGCAAGUGUACAUGUGGCAUGCAAUAACAGGAUAUUGGGGAGGUGUUAAACCUGGUAUUAGUGGCAUGGAACACUACGAGUCGAAGAUCACAUUUCCUAUCUCAUCUCCUGGAGUAAAAUCCAAUCAACCAGAUGAAGCUUUGGAUACAAUGGCCGUCAAUGGACUUGGUCUUGUGAAUCCUGAAAAAGUUUAUCACUUUUACGAUGAACUCCACUCGUAUCUGGCGUCUGCUGGUAUCGAUGGUGUCAAAGUUGAUGUUCAGAAUAUCCUUGAAACUCUUGGAGCAGGACAUGGUGGGAGGGUGAAAAUUGCAAGGAAAUAUCACCAGGCCUUGGAGGCAUCGAUCUCGAGAAACUUUCCUGAUAACGGAAUCAUUUGUUGCAUGAGUCACAAUACAGAUGGAUUGUAUAGUACAAAGCGUUCGGCCGUUAUUAGAGCAUCAGACGAUUUCUGGCCGAGAGAUCCUGCAUCGCACACGAUUCACAUUGCGUCGGUUGCAUACAAUACUAUUUUCCUUGGGGAGUUUAUGCAGCCAGAUUGGGACAUGUUUCAUAGCCUACAUCCAAUGGCUGAAUAUCAUGCUGCUGCAAGAGCUAUUGGAGGCUGUCCUAUAUAUGUCAGUGACAAGCCUCGAAACCAUGAUUUUAAUCUUCUGAAGAAGCUUGUACUUCCUGAUGGUUCUAUCCUAAGAGCUAACCUUCCUGGAAGACCAACCAAAGAUUGCUUAUUUGCUGAUCCUGCUAGAGACGGAAAGAGUCUUCUAAAGAUAUGGAACAUGAAUGAUUAUUCUGGAGUUGUUGGAGUAUUCAAUUGCCAAGGAGCUGGUUGGUGCAAAGUUGGAAAGAAGAACCUUAUCCACGACGAGAAUCCAGGCACAGUAACUGGCAUCAUUCGGGCUAAAGAUAUCGACUAUUUAUCCACAGUUGCAGAUGAUAAAUGGACCGGAGACGCCGUUAUAUUUUCGCAUCUUUGUGGAGAAGUAGUUUAUCUUCCAAAGGAUGUUUCUAUUCCGAUUACCAUGAAAUCGCGAGGAUAUGAAGUAUUUACAGUAGUCCCUGUGAAGGAUUUACCAAAUGGUGUCAAAUUUGCUCCUAUUGGCUUGAUCAAGAUGUUCAAUUCAGGAGGGGCUGUCAAAGAGUUCGGUUCUGGAUUUAAUGGAAAUGCAAAUGUUUCGAUGAAAGUGCGCGGUUGUGGCAUAUUCGGAGCUUAUUCAUCGGCUCGGCCGAAGUUGAUAAACAUUGAUUCAAAAGAGGUGGAAUUCAGUUAUGAGGAAGAAUCAGGAUUGGUGAGUAUUGAGUUGAGUGUUCCAGAGAAAGAGUUAUACCAAUGGAAUAUUUCUAUUGAUUUUUAAAUCAAAUACUUUAGGUAGGUCAGUAGCAGGAAAAUGAAAGAAUAUCACAAAUCUUGUAGCAACUUUUUUCACUAUAACUCAAAUCACACUUUUCAAUCCAUAAAGAUGCUGACGUGGUCAUUAGGAAUACUAACUGAAACAGUAACAAAGGCACCAUCAAAGGAAGAAUGUUACAAUUCUUUCAGCUCAAAAGAGGUCAACCAAAUUGAAGUUAGUAUAGCUCAUUAAGAGAUGACACACCAUUCAUUUUGAGGUUGGUAAAAAUUAUGUCAGUGAUAUAAAACCGUGACUAAAGGUUUAUUUGAAAAGCUUUGUCGGCGCAAAAUGCUACAAUGAUUGGUCCUGAAAAAAGAAGAAAAAAACAAUGUUUUAUCUAAUUCCUUCAUAUUGUGAAGAAAUAAAGAAAACAAAUUCUGGAAGUGUUGCAGAGGUGUUUACCACUUGUGCAGAUAACCGUUUUCAAAGAUUUUUUGUUUCCUUUUAUGUAUCAAUUCAUGGUUUUGUUAAUGGUUGCUAUUGGUGCAAUUACCUUAGCACAUUCCCUUCA